UCACGUGACAUCACAAAUGUGCAGAGCUGUAUCACACAGCACAGCCCCUGUGUGCCCCCAGUCCCGGGUACCUCUGGAUCGAGGAAGCAGCUCCACUGCUUUGCUCCAGAAGUGACGCCCAGGAAUGGAGCUGAGGUCUCGACGCCUCUGUGCACCGCAGCCCAACCUUCGUCCCGCCGCCCUGCGGCACGGCCCAGGGCACGGGCACAACCUGAACGGGAUCCGUCCCCCCCAAGAAAAUAAGCUAGAGCACAUCUCCGAGGAGGAAGGAUGCGGUCUGUGCCACCGGACAGACGAUGACCCCGAAAUCUACGGCGAGAUGUGCCGUCAGGACAGGAUCUGUGUCCAUGAGAACUGCCUGUACCACGCCACUGGGAUGUACCAGCACGGCGCAGACGAUGAAGGAUUCUUUGGAUUCCUUCUCCCUGACAUCGAGCAGCAGAUGCAGCACGUGGCACAGAAGAUCUGCUGCAUCUGCCGCAAGAAGGGCGCCUCUGUCCGCUGCCACAACCGGAGAUGCUCCCGCACCUUCCACUUCCCCUGCGGUACAGAACGCAGAUGCGUCUCCCAGUUCUUCGGCGAGUACAGGUCCUUCUGCUGGCAGCAUCGCCCAACGCAGCAGGUGCAGCCGCUGCGACAGCAGCACCCGCAGUGUGUCAUCUGCAUGGAGGAGGUGUACACACGGCCCAGCUACAACACCCUGGUCUGUCCCUCCUGCCGCAGCGCCAUGUUCCACCGGCACUGCAUCCAGCGCCAAGCUCUGAGUGCGGCCUUGCACCAUUUCCGCUGCCCGCUCUGCCAGGAGACGCAGACCUUCAAGGACGAGAUGUUGCGUCUUGGCAUCAAAAUCCCAGACAGGGAUGCAGCCUGGGAGCUAGCAGAAGCCUUCCAGGAGCUCUACGAGAGGCACAGCACCUGUGAUACCAGCGUGUGCCUGUGCCCAGCGGGACGGCAGCACUCUGAGAACAUGGGGUGAGUGUGCUCUGACC